UCGGGGGCUGCCCGUCAGGUCCGGCAGGACGCAUCGUGAAGCCGGUCCACUUCUCAGCCCCGCAGUGCGGCGGUGGCCUAGCAGCGCGGUGCGGGCUCCGAGAAGAAAGAGUGUGGCCCGGGGCGGGCGGAGUGGGAGGUGUAGAGGCUGUGGCCCGGAAGUGAUCGGGGCCGCCGCAGACGGAAGGGCGCCUCUGCUUCGUCCGCUCGGCGGUGGCCCAGCCAGGCCCGCGGGACUCGGAGCAGCGGGGAGCGCGGCCUCCGUUCUUGGGGCCCUCCCGCCGGGCCGGAGACCCAAGUCCCCAACGCCAGGCGCUGCCCUGGAAGCGCUGGCGGCCCGGCGCCUGGACGGGGGAGUUGCUGCUCUUUGGCGUAAAUUGCAAUCGAUUAGGGAUCGUUUCUCAAAAUCAAGUUAGAAGUGAGAGUUCAGAUAAGUGAGGCCGCCAUUGCUGCUUUGAACACCUCAGAAGGGGAGAAUGGAUUUAUCAGGAGUGAAAAAGAAGAGCUUGCUAGGAGUCAAAGAAAAUAAUAAAAAGUCCAGCACUAGGGCUCCUUCACCCACCAAACGCAAGGACCGCUCAGAUGAGAAGUCCAAGGAUCGCUCAAAAGAUAAAGGGGCCACCAAGGAGUCAAGUGAGAAGGAUCGCGGCAGGGACAAAACCCGAAAGAGGCGCAGUGCUUCCAGUGGUAGCAGCAGUACCAGAUCUCGGUCCAGCUCGACUUCCAGCUCAGGCUCCAGCACCAGCACUGGCUCAAGCAGUGGCUCCAGCUCUUCCUCAGCAUCCAGCCGCUCAGGAAGCUCCAGCACCUCCCGCAGCUCCAGCUCCAGCAGCUCUUCCGGCUCUCCAAGUCCUUCUCGGCGCAGACACGACAACAGGAGGCGCUCCCGCUCCAAAUCCAAACCACCUAAAAGAGAUGAAAAGGAGAGGAAAAGGCGGAGCCCAUCUCCUAAGCCCACCAAAGUGCAUAUUGGGAGACUCACCAGGAAUGUGACAAAGGAUCACAUCAUGGAGAUAUUUUCCACCUAUGGGAAAAUUAAAAUGAUUGACAUGCCCGUGGAAAGGAUGCAUCCCCAUCUGUCCAAAGGCUAUGCAUACGUAGAGUUUGAGAAUCCAGAUGAAGCUGAGAAGGCGCUGAAGCACAUGGAUGGAGGACAAAUUGAUGGCCAGGAGAUCACUGCAACUGCCGUGCUGGCCCCCUGGCCUAGGCCACCCCCCAGGAGAUUUAGCCCUCCCAGGAGAAUGUUGCCACCACCACCCAUGUGGCGCAGGUCUCCGCCACGGAUGAGGAGAAGGUCCCGCUCCCCGAGGCGCAGGUCCCCUGUGCGCCGGAGAUCACGCUCCCCGGGACGCCGCCGCCACAGGAGCCGCUCCAGCUCCAACUCCUCCCGAUAAACAGGCCACUGAAGCUCUCACCCCUGUAACUUAUGCCCCACCCAGCUCAGUUUUGUCACUUUUCUAGCCAAAGGAAGAUCAGUAGGAAAGCAAACCCUUUACUCGGGCAGAAUUUGCAGGCAGCAGGCAGCACCCCUCUGCCGGCCGGGCUCUGGCUGCAGAAGUGCUGUUGGUUUGGGUGUUGUGUGCCUGUCAAGAUUCCCUCCGGUUUCUGGCUAGGAAGCUCGCCCGUUUCCAGUUUCUAAGAGUCAGUUCAGUGGCAGGGCCACCAGGGACAAGUGAGGCUCUAGGGGGUGGUGUGACCCUGCCUGCCUGGGAGCACACUUUUCCCUUCCCUGGUGACCUGAGACGGUGGCCAGACUCUGCCCUUGCUGUUGCUGGGCGGUGUCCUUUUGGAAAGGGAGCCGUCCCGAGCUUUAGUGCAGCUGCCAACCCUGUUAGCCUCGGCCUCUUGAGGCCUCUUCCAACUUCAAGGGUCACACAUCCCCAAAGAUCCUCUCACCUAUGGUAGUUGCUGUGCAUGGUUCUGUCUGUCCAUGCACCCAUGCACACACCCCACCCCACCACCCUACUCUGAAAUUGGCGAGUGAGAGCCAGCUCUGCGGGAUCAUCAUGCAGCCAUGGUUGUGUCUGCCCUUCGUGUUGGUAUUUCAGGUUAUCUUGGCAACAUGUACAUUGCCUUUUUUUUUUUUUUUUUUUUGCUUUUUUGCUUUUUUGCUUUUAUUGUACAGUCAGUACUAUAAAAUUUCUCUUUGAGUUUUAUACCUUUGUAGCAUUUUAGAUGACAUUGUGUUUGUACUUUGUUGUGUAGAGUGGAAGAAUUGUGUUGAAUAAACCCAAGAUUGGAAUGCAGAUCUA